AGAUGAGGGACAAACAGUGAGGAAUGCAUGGAAGGGGAUUUCCUCCUCUCCGGCAGCCAAUCAAGAUCGACAUAAACACUUUGCGUCACUAGGCGUGAGCGUGAGGUGCUUUUCAUUUCACUUUGUAAGCUGGAGAUAGUGUCCACUAAAAACACGUUCCUGUGCCGACUCAGGUAAAUGAGAUGGCUGCUGUGUUGGAGCAGGUUGAUGAAGCCGAGCUGAUCCACGUGGCGUUAGUCAGGAGCAGCGGGGGUACGUGUUUACGGGGCCACCUGAGGAAAUCCGCGCGCGCAGUCGCACUCAAACUCCUCAAGGCCGACAGAUGUUUGUUACGGAUGCAGCACGCAUUAGCACAGGGUGGAGUGUGUGUGGAACGAGUUCUGCAACCUGUAGGUGUUUAUCGGAGUCGUUUUCUUACCGGCCUGCUGUGGGACUGGAUGCCUGAAGGAUCUCUACAUUCGCUGUUAUAUGAGACUCACCUAUACCCCGACCUGCCCCUGGUUCUCCGCUUACAAAUCCUGCUGGAUGUGGCAGAGGGUAUAAAUGUCCUUCACGCUGUCACUUUUCCUCACGGUGCACUGAAGACCACCAACGUCCUGCUCGACCAUCAGUACCGUGCUAAACUGUGUGAUUGGGGACAGCAGACACAGGAGGACGUGAGAACCCCUGUCUCGAAUGUCAGUGCUCCGUGUUUUAGAGAUCUGCCAUUCAUCGCCCCAGAGGUUCUGCUGGGAAAUGCUCCAUGUAUAAAGUGUGACAUGUACAGUUUUGGUGUUCUGAUGUGGGAAACUCUGAACAGACGUCCAGCGUGUGAAAGUAUGGAUCAGCUGCAGAACCUUGUUAUGUGUACACAAGAUGGGGCAGAGACAGGUACUGAGGUUAAUCUGUUGCCCCCAGAGACACCACAACGCCACACACUUACUCAGCUCAUAACUAGAUGUUUGUCUGUUGAUCCAAAACAGCGGCCUUUGGCUGAAGAAUGUGUGCUGGUGCUUAGGAAGAUUUUGGAAACACUGGACUCAGGAGCUCAUUGUACAGCGGUCCACCAGAUAAAAACCUCCAAGGAGAGGGCGCAGCUGAACAGUAAACACACUCCAACCUGGGACCUGCUCAUAGAGCUGAACAACCUGGAGGGCUACGGUAGCUGCACAGGUCCAAAACAUUUUUGGUCCAAGAAUAUUCCAGUGACGGUUUCUUACUCAUAUCAACACAGCCCUCAAACACGUGAAAUGAACGAGACGAUCCUGACUGGAAGUCCGCCUUUUCCAACACCGACACGGGCAUCACCUCCAACACCAUGCUGCAGAGAUGUCUCACAGAGUGCACUCGUUUUAUCCAGCAAUAAUCCUGGUGUAAGACACUGUAGUGAAGUUUGGGGUAUAAACCGGACUCAAACUUCUCCACUACCAAACACACUUUGCAGUUCACCCAUGUCACCGCCACACACACCACUGCAUCCUGCCAACCGGCGCACAGCCAUGUGUCCCAUGUCCUCCGGCUGGACAUGCUGUCAACUCCUGCGGGAGAGACGUGAAGCCAUUGUGAACUUUAUGACCGAAGGGCGACUCAACAAUCUGCUGGAUGUGUUGCGGGCGCGUCGUGCAGUCACACGCGAGGACUACGAGCUCAUCAUGGCAGCCAUGACGCUGAGCGCACGCACACGCUGCCUCCUUGACACGUGUGCUUGUCUGGGGGAGAAAGUCGCUUUCCUAGUAGCCACCACUCUGGGUCUGGUUUCUAUCGAGGCUGCAAAUGGACACACCCGUUCUCGGAUAUCUCCUAAAGGCCAGGCGGGGUGAGGCACUGAAAUCACUAACGCAUUCCAUUGUUCUCAUUAAUGCUAUUGAGUUAUCUCAAAAGCAUUACAUCCUUUGUUAUAGAGAAGGAGACUGAUUGUAUGUAAAUUUAGUAGGAUGUGUAAAUUAAUCAGAAGAGAGCUGAUUGUAUCACAGAGCAUUAAACAGAUCUGAAAAUCUGAGAAUCUGCGACGUUAUGAGGAGGUAUUAAAAUCUUACUCAUCAAUUUUUCAAUCAAAGUUCAAUCUCAACUGGUUAAAGUGGUCAGUGGUCUUUUACAACAUCAUUAAAGGAAUACAUUUAUUCAAAUGUGUGUAUAAAUAUAUAUAUAUAUAUAUAUAUAUAUAUAUAUAUAUAUAUAUAUAUAUAUAUAUAUAUAUAUAUAUACACACACUUGAAUAAAUGUAUAUAUAUAUAAUCAUGCCUUUUCUGUUCGAUACUCUGUGUUCCUGUUUUUUAUGAAUCUAUAUGUGAUUUUUUAAAUACUUCUCUUUGAUCAGGUCUCUGGUAGUAGUAUGAGGCCUGUAGGAGACCCUGUGCAUGUUGCACAAUCACAAAGUAUUAUAGCUGGUAGUGGAUUUUAUCCUGCAAGUAUCUUGUAACAAGAAGUGCUUUAUAUUUUAUUUCAUGUAUGUGUUGCCCAUGUCAUCAAAUCAAGUGAUCAAAAAGAAGUUAUCAUGUACCGUGUAUGAUUUCUAAAGUCGAGAUUAAACCAAGUUUAAACUGAA